GGUGAAAUAAUUUGUUGUAAGGCCACACCAUUUAACCAAAAUUUUCCGUAAUACCAUUCAACGAUUCAAAUCAAUUCGCAACGGAUUUCUAAGACGGAACAAAAUUCCAAAAAUCGUGAAGUAUGGCCAAAACCCUUGUGCAACGCUAUGAAACGAUUGUCCGUUUAAUUCGAAUAUUUUCGGGUAUUUGUGGUGCGAAUAUUUUUAAUCCUGCCUUUAAAAAGAAUAUCCUCACCUGGAUUGUGAUCAUUUUCAUUUAUCAAUAUUUUGUCUUUACUGGCUAUACCCUUUAUGUAAAGAUUUAUAUUGACAAAGAUAGGCCGAGUGUAUUACAGGUCCUCUGCUAUUUGGGAAGUGCUGUGCAGGGCUAUUGCAAACUUUUGAAUUUCCUCUGGAACAAGGACGAUAUACGAUAUUUGAUUUAUGAGUUGCGGGACAUCUACGAGAAAUAUGAUCUGAAACAUGCCGAUUACCGUUGCUGUCUGGAGAAGAACAUUAACAGGGUGAACCGAUUCAUCAAAUUUAUGGCCACUAUGCAUCUAGUCAUUACCAUAACUCUGAUUGCCGUCGUGCCAUUCUAUCGCGUGGUAUUUAAUGAGCGAAUACUUAUAAUGCAAUUUCUAUUCCCCGGAGUGGAUCCAAAUACGGCAUAUGGUUAUACAAUUAUAACCACCAUACAUUGUAUUUGUAUACUGUUCGGAUCGUUUGGAAAUUUCGCAGCGGAUGUAUGCUUUUUUAACAUUGUCAGUCAUGUCCCACUGUUCAGGGAUCUCUUGAGGUGUAAAUGUCAGGACUUAAAUGAAAUUCUUGAGGAAGAACGGGCAUCUGAAGAGGAAGGAUUUGCAGAGAUUGAAUUACUGCUAAAAGAUAUUUUUCAGUGGCAUCAAAAAUACAUGAGAUACAUAACUACGGUAAAAGAAAAUUACUUCUGGGUUGUGCUUGUCGAAAUGAGAACAGUGGCUCUGAGCAUUGCCUCGACACUCUUCUGUUUAAUUUUGGGCAAAUGGCCAGGAGGACUCACCUAUCUCACCUACUGCUUCAUAAUGUUGUACAUGUACUGUGGUCUGGGAACAAUUGUUGAAAUAACAAACGAUGGCUUUAUCGACUCAUGCUACACAGAGAUCAUUUGGUACCGGCUAUCCGUACACCAGAGAAAAAUGUUACAAAUGAUGUUAAUGAUGACCCAAAAUACCGAAGGUCUAACAAUUGGUUCGGUUAUACCUCUGACCGUGAAUACGGGUCUACAAUUACCAAAUUAACUUUACACCAUGACAAUGAUGUUGAUUAAUUUUCUUGAGUAGAUGUUGUUUUGUUAGACCCACCAAGAGAGAGAGAGAGAGAGCGAUGACAGUAAAAAUUGAAGCAAUGAGGAGAAUUUGGAACAAUUACAAACAAUUAUCGUGGUGCAUAAAUCCAUAAAUAAUUUAUUUUCCCUACUUUAGCUGACGUUUUCCCUUCCCCUCAACGAUUUAGAAAGAAGAAUGAAGCAUUCAUUAACAACCGGGUAACAAAUCUUAAUGAUGUCAGGAAUGAUAAAGUGGUGCUUUGUAAUGUUAUUGUUAACGAUAAAUCUCUGCUUGUGAACUAGCUUUAUAUUGAUCCCCUCUUAAGUAGAUUAAGUAGCUCAGCUGACUAGGCCAUUGUUAGGCAUUUUUUAAAUAAAACCAAAAAUAAAAAUAAAAUAUAACCUCCACAAUAGUAUGGAGGGUAUAUUAAAAUUGUCAUUCCGUUUGUAAAACCUCGAAAUAUACAUUUUAGACCCCAUAAUGUAUAUAUAUUCUUGAUCAGCAUAAAAUUCUAUGUCGAUUUACCGAUGUCCGUCCGUCUUUGGAAAUCACUCUAGCUUCCGAACGAAAUGAAGUGGGUUGAUGAAAUUUUACUAAUGUGUAUGUCUGCAAGACAUUUGGUAUUGGAAAUGAGUCAGGUAGAUCCACGUUUUGGUAUAGUCCCCAUACAACGGUAUCUCCCGAUAUUCGGUUAUUUGAUGAUUUUAGCGAAAAUUUUCACCGGAAUUGUUUCAAAUUUGGUGGUUGAAGUUCGUAAUGAAUACUACAGCCUGUGACAGAAAAUUGUCUGUGCAGUUUCACAUUUUCGUAUACCCCCCAUAAGACGGUACCUCCCGAUAUUCGGUUAUUUGAUGAUUUUAGCGACAUUAUUCACCGGAAUUGUUUCAAACUUGGUGUUUGAAGUUCGUAAUGAAUAUUACAGCCAAGACCGAAAAUUGUCUGUGCAGGUUCACGUUUUCGUAUAGCCCCCAUAUAACGGUACCUGCCGAUAUUCGGUAUUUUAAUUAUUUUAGAGACAUUAUUCACCGAAAUUGUUUCAAAUUUGGUGUUUAAAAUUCGUAAUGAAUACUACAGCCUAAGACAGAAAAUUGUUUGUCCAGAUCCAUGUCUUCGUAUAGCCCCCACACAACGGUACCUCCCGAUAUUCGGUAUUUUGAUUAUUUUAGCGACAUUAUUCGCCGGAAUUGUUUCAAAUUUGGUGUUUAAAAUUCGUAAUGAAUACUACAGCCUAAGAAAGAAAAUUGUCUGUGCAGGUUCACGUCUUCGUAUAGCCCCAAUAUAACGGUACCUGCCUAUAUUCAGUAUUUUGAUUAUUUUAGCGAAAUUAUUCACCGGAACUGUUUAAAAUUUCGUAUGUGAAGUUCGUAAGGAUACUACAGCCUAUGAUAAAAAA